AUGCCCUCAGCAGCAUGGAACUCCGCACAUCGUUCGCUUCCGGAGCAUUGUGAACCGGUGUCUCCGUUCUUGCAACUGAUCUCAUCUACUCUGCAAAUAUGCCUACCGACCCCUCUCGCCCUAAUUUCGUCCACACUUGGGGUGCUAAGUAUUAUCUCCUGGCUCUUUGCCCAGCUCCCGCAGAUAUACAAGAACUACAAGAUAAAGUCAACGGCAGGCUUGUCAAUAGUCUUUAUCGUGGAAUGGCUCCUGGCUGACACAGCAAAUUGCAUCGGUGCCAUUCUCACCAACCAGGCUGGCUGGCAGAUCACGAUUGCCGCUUAUUAUGUGACCGUCGACCUUAUCAUGACAUAUCAACACUUCUGGUACACGCACAUGAAGCAGCGGCAAUCCAACCGUCUUAGAUAUGCCAACAUCGGCGAUAGUGAAGACAGCGACACGGAUUUCCCACCGUCAGACUGCGACUCGUUCCAGCAGCUACAAGAUUCCCAACGUUCGUCCUCUGCUCGCCCAGUAGAUAAGUUGAAGACGGGAAGAAACCAAUCACCUGACGAAAAGGCUCAAUCUCAAGCCUCCAACGGGAAGCGAUACGUCCAAUCAACUGGCCUUGGAAGUUCGUUGACUUCUCCUAAAGCUGUGUUGUUUGUUUCCAUGCUCUGUGCAGUCAUAGCCAACGCCUCGUCAAUCCCGGCAUCUGGUCUUUCAAGGCCACACCCAGUCAUACCACCACCAUCAAACACAAAAGAGUUUGUAGGCCGGAUAUUUUCUUGGAUUUCAACCAUCCUUUAUCUUGGAUCCCGGCUACCACAGCUGUACAAAAACUACACGCGUAAGAGUACUGCUGGCCUGUCGCCGCUGCUCUUCAUUGCUGCAUUUUGUGGAAAUAUGUUUUACUCUUCUUCCUUGCUCACCAACCCGAAUGGCUGGCACAACUUCCCACCUUACGGUGGAGGCGGAUGGGCCGGUCCAGAUGGGAACAAUCGAAUGAGUUGGAUAAUGCUUGCAAUCCCAUUCUGGCUUGGGGCUACUGGUGUCCUCUUGCUAGACGUGUGUGUGGGAAUUCAGUUCAUGAAAUAUGGUGAACAACGGAAACAAAUAGUUACCCGGGUAGGGAGAGGCCGCCAUAAAUGGAUAAAGGUCACCGGUUUCAUGAAGGGCUGGAUCCCUUCACUAUCUCCCGAGAGAAAUGCAGCAAAUAAUGAAACGCAAGCACUUAUUUCCCACGAGGGCGAUAGAUAUGGUAGUGUUUGA